CCCAUAACUUAGCUUGCAAGUCAAAAACUAUAUUCUCUAAUUGUCCGCUCGCUCCCUUCUAUGGCAACAAAGUUUCUCUCACCAAAACUCCUCAAUACCUUCCCCUCAUUCACUAGGUUUCUUAACUCAGCCUCCACCGCUUCCCUCGCCGCCGUUGCAUCUCUCAAUUUUGACGAAAAGCCUGAACCCGCCGCUGUUGAAAAACAGCCGACUUCCCUUAAACAAGAAUCAAUUACAAACGCAACUCUAGACCUUGAUGAUCACCAAAGGCUUUUUGGUUCCAUUCCUACCUUGAACCUUCUACGUUCAUCGGCCAACCUCGGGUUGGCUGCUAACGAGCGGUUCGUAGAUUUCGGCAUGUGGAUUAUGAAUUCUAGGCUCAUGGAAACAAGUUUGGUACGUGACGCUAUAUUGAAAGCAGUUAGACAUACGUUCUUUCAACACUUCUGCGCGGGUGAAACGACGGAGGAGGCGGCGGACUGUGUGAGGAGAAUCCACGACAAGGGUUUCAGAGGGAUGCUGGUUUAUGCGGUGGAGCAUACGAGCGAUAACGCCGGUUGUGACCGAAAUUUGGAAGGUUUCCUUGGGAGUGUUGAAUUGGCCAAGUCGCUUCCAGCUUCGUCUGUGAGCUUUGUCAUAGCAAAGAUAACAGCAAUAUGCCCCAUCGGCCUGCUAAAGAGAGUUAGUGACUUACUGAGGUGGCAAUACAAGGACCCUUCUUUUUAUCUGCCAUGGAAACUGAACACUUUACCAAUUUUCUCAGACUCUAGUGCUCUAUAUCACACACUUGAAAAGCCUGCACCAUUAUCCCCAAAAGAAGAGUCAGACCUUCAACUAGCGCACCAGAGACUUCUAGAACUCUGCCAAAAGUGCGUUCAAGAUAACGUGGCAUUGACAAUCGAUGCUGAGGACACAUCAAUACAACCUGCCAUUGAUUACUUCACAUAUUCUUCAGCAAUCAUGUAUAACCAAGAUGGUAAUCCUAUUGUUUUCGGUACAAUUCAAGCAUACUUGAAAGAUGCAAAAGAGAGGCUGUUCGUGACAACCAAAACUGCACAAAGUCUGGGGAUUCCAAUGGGGUUCAAACUAGUAAGGGGUGCUUAUAUGUCCAGUGAAAGCAAAUUAGCUUCUUUGUUAGGCUAUGAUUCCCCGAUUCACAACAGCAUUCAGGAGACACAUGCAUGCUACAAUGACUGUGCUUCUUUUAUGCUCGAGAGGAUUGCUGAUGGCUAUGGUGCAGUUGUUCUUGCUACUCAUAAUGUUGAGUCAGGGCAACUGGCAGCAUCAAAAGCAUGCGAUCUAGGAAUUCAGAAGGGAAACCAAAAGUUAGAAUUUGCUCAGCUCUAUGGAAUGUCAGAGGCUCUUUCUUUUGGUUUGAGAAAUGCAGGGUUUCAAGUUAGCAAGUAUUUACCAUAUGGACCUGUAGCUAUGGUAAUGCCAUACCUUCUAAGGAGGGCCGAAGAGAACAGAGGACUGUUAUCGACUUCAAGCCUUGAUAGUGUACUCAUGGGGAAGGAGUUGAAGAGAAGACUUAAGAAGCUGCAAUUUGCCAAGUCAGAGAUGGCAUCUCCGAGUAGCAUGAAGAUAGAAAUAGGAACACAUUGAAAAUUUUAACCUAGGGGUUAAAACAUGGCUUUCACUUCCAGGGAUGGCUAGAUUGUUCUUAUCAGAUUGCAAUUUCCGCCAACAAUGUAUAAAAAUAAGAAAUAAAUGUAACCUUUGGUGAUGAAUAUCAUAUCAAUGCCACUCCACAAUGUUAGUUAAA